GUUAAUAACACUUACACUGUCUUAUCUGGCAGCUACAGUAAAACAGGGGAGGGCCGUCCCUCAUCCUCCGCACAGUUAUCCCACCAGCGCUGCAGACACUCGCCAUUUAGUUGACGGAAAACAACCAUGCAGGCUAUUUUUUACUUGUUUUGUGUGUGAUUUUGUGCAUUAAAUUAUUUAAAGGCCUAGCCAGGGCAUGUAGCAGCAAGAAGACCCCGUGGAUGUUGUGGUUUUCUUGGCUGCAAGGGGGUGGGGAAUGGGAGCAUUGACUGACAGCGUUAACAAGCUAUUAAAGCAUAUCACAGAGCUAUGACCUGCUAUGCUUAUCGAUAAAUUCCUCAUGUUGACAAUUUCACACGUUUUAAAGGUUGCUUGCAUGCCAGCUGGAGCACAAGACGGAUGAAGCUUGAUGACCAGCUAGCCUGCUAACUUUAGCUGUGAGGGGGGGAUUAGCCCUCAGAAGGCCCCUGUCAUUUCAGUGCCUCUUGAUGGUGGUAGCUGUUCAGGCCUGUACACACAUGUAUACUGUUAGCCGUGGCGUGUAGUCGCCUCCCAUCAUCUAAGUCUUUAGGUAAUGACUAAACAUCUCCAGCCUAGCAUCACCUUCAUCUCUUCCGUGGUGUCAUCCUCAGCUUUUGACAAUCACGACGUGGCUCGUACUGUAUGUUUCCUUGCAGCCUCUUGUCAGCACAGCUAGCUGUAUCAGACAGAAACUUUGCACGGAUGAUAUCAAAUCUGCACACAACGUGCCUAGAUGACUUUGACAGAUUAAAGACCCUGGGUACCGGCUCAUUUGGGAGAGUCAUGCUGGUGAAACACAAAGGAACAGAGCAAUACUUUGCCAUGAAAAUACUGGACAAGCAGAAGGUGGUGAAACUCAAGCAAAUAGAACACACGUUAAAUGAGAAGAGGAUAUUACAGGCUGUGAGCUUCCCCUUUCUCGUCAAACUUGAGUACGCAUUUAAGGACAACUCCAAUUUGUACAUGGUGAUGGAGUACGUUCCAGGAGGAGAGAUGUUCUCACACUUAAGACGAAUUGGAAGGUUCAGUGAACCACAUGCACGAUUUUAUGCCGCCCAAAUAGUGCUGACAUUUGAGUACCUCCAUUCACUAGAUCUCAUAUACAGAGAUCUGAAACCUGAGAACCUUCUCAUUGACCACCACGGCUACAUUCAGGUGACAGACUUUGGAUUCGCCAAGAGAGUAAAAGGCAGGACCUGGACGUUGUGUGGGACACCAGAGUACCUGGCGCCAGAAAUCAUCCUCAGCAAAGGCUAUAACAAAGCUGUGGACUGGUGGGCUCUUGGCGUUCUCAUCUAUGAAAUGGCAGCUGGCUACCCUCCGUUCUUUGCAGAUCAGCCUAUUCAGAUCUAUGAGAAGAUAGUGUCUGGAAAGGUCCGAUUCCCCUCCCACUUCAGCUCCGACCUGAAGGAUCUGUUGAGAAACCUGCUGCAGGUGGAUCUGACCAAACGUUACGGCAACCUGAAGAACGGAGUCAACGACAUUAAGGGCCACAAAUGGUUCGCCACAACAGACUGGAUCGCAAUCUACGAGAGAAAGGUGGAAGCCCCGUUCAUACCAAAGUGCAGAGGCCCAGGGGACACCAGCAACUUCGACGACUACGAGGAGGAGGAAAUCCGCGUUUCUUUAACAGAAAAAUGCGCGAAAGAGUUUGCAGAGUUUUAGGAUGCGGUAACAUGGAUAUAUCAGGGAAAAUAAGGGGAUCUUUGCACUCUUCUAAAGACUUGGGAUGGAGCAGAGACCAUCGUUUUUCAGAUCUACUACAUAGUCCCUUCAUUCCACAAGGCUGAAUGAGGUCGCCAUGAUCCUUGGGUGCCGAUAACCUCUCACUGUCACGUACACCUGCGUAUUAAAGCAGACCACUUUUUUCUUUUUCUUUUCUGUUUUUUUUUUUUGUACCUACCCACUGUUUUUUUUUUUUUUUUUUUACUUUGAAGCAGUUAGUGUUGGAUGCUGUUAUCCCCUUUUAAAAUGUGACUUUUAAAUUUAUGAGGAAAAUCUGAGACAACGGCCAACAAUAGUCCACACAUUGUAAGUGACUUGUCUGUGGCAGUUUGAUGCACACUUGUGUGGGUUGGAGGGUAUUCCCUCUUGUUAUCAGCGAUGUAUAUUUAAUGGUCUGUUACAAGUCCACAUCACAUUGGCUAUUGUAAAAUACUGGCCAGCUUUCAGACGUAGUAUUCGUCCUAUGUGCAUAUCUGUCAGUUUUGUAAGACAUUUGAACACAGCGGGUGUUUAAAGCAUGACCAAAUAGAAAACAUUCGGUGACACAUGAAGAGAGGUCCUUUCCUUUCUUUGCUUUUUGCCUUAGAGAGCUAAGUCCUCAGACCCUUCAUUAAAGAAUCCACUCUCUGUCUUCUUGGUAUUCUGAUCCAGGCACAGCAAGCCAUCACAGAAAAUGACAAAAAACCUUAUUACAUUAGUAAAAUGGAACUCCAGCUGUUUGUUUGAUCCUUUUUGGAUCUGUUAGUUACAUGUAAAAUUUGUCAUUUGGUAUCUUACUCUUUUUUGUCGCUGUGUCUAACAUUAUAGUCAUAUUGUCCCUAGAUUUCAGGUCAGCUUAUAAAGACCUAUUGUUUCGAGUCUGUGGAACAAUGUGACUUCAGUAAAUGGAAAAGAAUGAAGUGAAAUCCUUUUUAGGGUUUUUAAUUGAGUGUAGUGUAAAGUUGAGAUGGUCAGUGUGACUAGUGUUGCGGCUUGGUGCCUCAACAUUGUUAGUGAUACCUUAAAAAAGUACAGAAUUUAUAAUGUAUUAAAUCAAAGAUGUUUUAAAAUCUAACAGGAACGCAGAACUGCAAUUUGCCAUAUUCUCCCUGUUACCAACCCCAAACAGAUUAUGUUGUUUCAUUCUUGUGAAAGAAUGUAGAUUUGCAACUUAUAGGUAUGCAUAUUUGAAAGCUUGAUUUCAAGGUACAGUUUUCCUCACAAUACACUGUCUGAAAUAAAGACUGCUCCUUUGUAUCACAUGUAACCCUGUUAUUGUUAAGCUCAUUACAUUAUACGUAUAUGCAUUGUUUCAUAUAUGUUUUUAUUUAUACACAUUAGAGAUGCUAAUAAAUUUUAUUUUUAAAAGUG